AACGGCGACAAUGGUAAUGAAGCCACGGCACUACGCGCUCGGUCCCCUUAAUCUGCGUCGUUGCCGUGUUCUUUCUUCUUCUUCUUCUGUACAAAAUCCCAAUUCUUCUCCUAUCCUUUUUAAUUCCAUAAUUCGCUUCCAAUUCGCCUGCUGAAUCUCUCCAAAUUUCCUUCUACUAUAUUUCCUCUUUCCGAUAAUUCAGAAUCUAGGUAAUCUGUUGAUUCCUGUUUAAACCAAGUGUGAGUGUGUGUAUGUGUUUUUAAAUCUUGUGUAUUUAAUGCUUUAUUAAACAUGUACAAGAUCUCAUUUCUGCUUUCAUUGAGCUUUUUUUAAUAUAUAUUGUUCGGAUGUCUUAUCUUCUAGUUUCGGAUUUUGUUGUUUAGUGAAAUAUUUUAUAUUUGAAUUUUUUACAUGGCAACAGCGUGGUCUAUGCGUAGAAUUGGGGAAUUGUAAUCUGGGUUUUCAAUGUAUGUUAGUUUGUGUUAUUUCAUAAUCGAUUUUGGUGAAGCAGUGUUUUCUUAUGACCCUUGGCUAUUUUGCUUUGCUGCUAAGGUGAAUUUUCUGUAUUUUCUAAAGAUACCCAUUUGUAGUUUAUUGAGCUGGAUGUAGAUAGUGAAUUUAUUCGCAAGCUAAUUACUUGUAAUUCCUUGUUUAGACGUUUCUAAAUCAGAUUUUACUUUCCUAAAUGUUGAAGUAAUGCUUGUUUGCUUUUUCAUUUUAUUGGAGAUUAUGCUUUACUUGUCCGUUACAAUGUACCUCUUGCUAUUUUUUCCUAUCAAGUGCUUCUGUUUGUCAUUGAAGAAUACGUGGUGGCAGUUCAUUGAAUUUCACGUGGAAUAGCUGAAUCUAUAAGCUAAAUUCACUUUUUUUUUUAUUGAAGUUUGAGAAUACACAUGAGAGUAUAGUAUAUUAGUGCUGAUUUGGAGCAAAAAACUUGUAUUCUGUAAAUUGAAAUUAACAAAGGCGAGUCCUUGUGUUAUCUGAUGCAGGGUGCUCCAUUAUUUUUUAAUCUAUAAGCUGUCAGGCUCUUUGGAUUGAUGUACAAUGCAGAGAUCACGUAGAGCUCUUCUUCAAAGAAGAGCUUUUGAGAAGGCUAUCGGUGGAAGAACUCUGUUGUGCAAGGUUUCCCUUUCUUUGUUUCUUGUUUUAUGGGGGCUUUUCUUCCUGUUCAGCUUAUGGAUCAGUCGUGGUGAUGGUUAUAGGGAUGAAUCUGUAGUGCAUACAGCUGGCAUAUCAACUUGCAACGAAGCAAAUUUGGAAUGUUGUAAAUUUUCCGAGUCCCUGGAAAAAGUUUUUUUAAAUGAAAUUUGUUCUGUUCGUUCAGAUGAAAGUUUGUGUACAGAUAGAGCUGAAACCAGGGGUUCCAACAAUGAGUUACUUGGUAGUGAAGGAAACACAGAAGAUGCCUUUGUUAUGGAGCAACAUGAAGCAAUCUCUGUUUCAGAUGUGAAAUUUGAAAAUUCUAAGAUUAAUAGAUUAUCUAAUUCUGUACCCUUGGGUCUUGAUGAAUUCAAAAGCAGAGCAUUCAGCUCGAAAAGUAAAUCAGGAACUGCUCAAGCUGGAGGUGUAAUUCAUAGAGUAGAGCCUGGGGGUAAAGAGUACAAUUAUGCAUCAGCAUCAAAGGGAGCAAAGGUAUUGGCUUUUAAUAAGGAAGCGAAGGGACCCUCUAAUAUCUUAGGCAAAGACAAGGACAAGUACCUUCGAAAUCCAUGCUCUGCUGAAGAGAAAUUUGUUGUAAUAGAACUUUCAGAAGAAACCUUAGUAGAUACAAUUGAAAUAGCAAACUUUGAGCACUACUCUUCUAAUUUAAAAGAUCUUGAGCUGCUUGGCAGUUUGGUUUAUCCAACAGACUCAUGGGUCAGGCUUGGAAAUUUUACAGCUGCUAAUGUUAAACAUGCUCAAAGGUUUGCUCUUCAGGAGCCACAAUGGGUGAGAUAUCUAAAGCUGAAUCUUCUUAGCCAUUAUGGUUUCGAGUUUUAUUGUACUCUAAGUGUUGUUGAAGUUUAUGGAGUUGAUGCUGUGGAAAGAAUGCUGGAAGAUUUGAUCUCUGCUGAAAACAAAAUUGUAUAUGAAGAGGGAACUGGUGAGCAGAAACUACCCUCUCAAUCAGAGUUUUCAUAUGUUGAUGAUUUUGAUCAGGAACUGAAUAUGGAAAUUGAAUCUGGCACUUCAGUUGGGAACUCAAAUGUAAGGCGUGAAGUUCUGAAAAAUAAAGUGCCAGAUCCAGUGGAAGAAAUUCGUCACCAGCAAGUAGGUAGAAUGCCUGGGGACACUGUGCUUAAAAUAUUGAUGCAAAAAGUCCGUUCUCUGGACUUAAGUUUAUCUGUUUUGGAACGAUAUUCGGAGGAGGUGAAUUAUAGAUAUGGCAAUAUUUUCAAAGAAUUUGACAAAGAUUUGGGAGAGAAAGAUUCUGUUUUAGAGAAAAUCACAUCUGACAUAAAGAAUAUCUUUGACAGCCAGGAGAUCAUAGCUAAAAAUGUUGAUGACCUUCUUUCUUGGAAAUCUCUUGUUUCUACGCAGAUGGAUAUUCUCCUCAGUGAUAAUCUUGCUCUAAGAUCAAUGGUUGAAGGUGUUCAAAGGAAACAAAUAUCUAUGGAAAAUAAGGGUAUAGCUAUAUUUUCUAUUUGCUUAAGUUUUGGAUUUCUAGCUUUUGCAAGGCUAUUGGUAGAUAUAUGGUUGAGCCUUUAUAAGGCAUUUAGUGUUCAGAGAACAGAGAAGUCCAGGAAAUUUUGUUGGAUGAGCUCUUCCUGGCUCUUGUUAUUAUUCAGCUGUAGCAUUAUUUUGUUAAUAUUAUCGUUAUAAUUUUGCAA